AUAGCACUCAUUUGUCCUCCUCCAAACAAAACCCGAAUUCCUUAUCACGCACACAAAGGUGGAAACACACGAAGACAGAGAGAAAUGUCGUCCUCACCCACCACCGGUGCUGCCUCCGGCUCCGUCACCGUGGAUAGGCGGACAUACUGGUGCCACGAGUGUGACAUGAGCGUCUCUCUCCUCUCCCCUUCCCCCUCCUCUCCUACCUCUCUCCUCUGCCCUUACUGCCACAGCGACUUCCUCGAAGAAAUGGAUUCCCCUCUUUUCAACCCCAAUCCUAACCCUAACCCUAACUCCAAUCUCUCCCCAUUCCCCUCAUUCUUCGAUCCAUCCUUCCCCCUCCUCUCCCCUCACCAAACUCUAGCUACCACCGAUAUUGACGUCACCGACACCACCACUACCUCCUUCCAAUUCCCUUCCGCCACCGCAUCCGACGACAAUUACCUCCUCGACAGCCCUUACCUCCGCCGCCUGAUCCAACACCUCACCAAUUCCGAAUCCGAUGACGCCGCAACUGCUGCAACCGCCGCGGCCACCACCACUCGCUACCACUCCCCCGCAUCAAAAUCCGCAGUCGAAUCCAUUCCGUCUAUCAAAAUCACAGCUUCAUUGCUGGACCUUGAUCCGGUUAUUCUCUGUGCUGUUUGUAAAGAUCAGUUUGUUGUCGAUGUGGAAGCCAAGCAAUUGCCUUGUAAGCAUAUGUACCAUUCCGAUUGUAUUCUUCCGUGGCUUGCACAGCACAACUCGUGUCCGGUGUGUCGGUUUGAGCUUCCCACCGAGAAUGAAGAUUCGAGGGAGAAGAGGAGGUCCAGAACUGCGGCUUUGAGGUUCGGGGAGCUGAUAGAGGAUGAGGAAUUGUUUGGAUUUGGAAGUACAUUGAGGCAUAUUGCUAGGAGGCACAGGCUUGUGUUUCCUGAGAGCCAGCAGAAUAGCUUGGAUUCUAUUUUUUUGUCACCCACACAGGUGGGAGAAGCCGAGCCGGGGCUCGUGGAGCGUGCUAAUAGUGUUGAGACUGUGUCGAGUUGGCCAACUUGGCCGGUAGAAGGAGGGGUAGGUGUUGGUGGUGGUGGUGCAGAUGGAGACAUAGCUGUGAGUGCCAGGAUGAGUGAGGAUGGUGAUACUGUGAUGUCUGAAGCUAGAGUUUCGGGAUCUGUUUCAGCAAACUUGAGGUAAUGUAUAGAGGUAACUACGAUUGUUUGAGGAUACUUCAACACUAUAAAUCGUCCAAUGAAGUGUAAAUCUGCUAUGGAUGAUCAUUCCAUUGCCCAAUAACCUGAUGUCUAGUUCUUGUGCUCUCUCUGUCUCUGCAAUAGCAAAGAUGGAACUUGUUGCUUGUAAUUAUACUUGUGUGAACUCAUUUUUCCUUUGUUUCUGAUAAUAAUGAGGAUAUUGAGUUGCUCCUA